CGCGAUUGAGCAGCAAGCCAGCGACAAUCGAAUCGACUCCCUCCACCAGUGCGCUUGGUGUGAUAUUUCAGUCUGUCUUCAACUGUUGCGGGAUAGACCUGAGUCGCAAUUAUGGCCGUCGGAAAGAACAAGCGCUUGUCGAAGGGCAAGAAGGGCAUCAAGAAGAGAACCGUUGAUCCCUUCUCCAGAAAGGACGAGUACUCCUUGAAGGCUCCUUCAACUUUCCAAAUCAGAGAUGUUGGAAAGACUCUGGUCAACCGCACCAGCGGUCUGAAGAACGCCAACGACUCCUUGAAGGGCCGCAUCGUCGAGGUUUCCCUUGCCGACCUUCAGAACGAUGAGGAUCACGCCUUCCGCAAGGUCAAGCUCCGUGUCGAUGAAAUCCAGGGAAAGAACUGCUUGACCAACUUUCACGGAUUGGAUUUCACCACCGACAAGCUCCGUUCCCUGGUACGCAAGUGGCAGUCUUUGAUUGAGGCCAAUGUCACCGUUAAGACCACCGACGACUAUCUCCUUCGUCUGUUCGCCAUUGCCUUCACCAAGAGACGCCCCAAUCAGAUCAAGAAGACCACAUACGCUCGCUCCUCCCAGAUCCGUGCUAUCCGCAAGAAGAUGACCGAGAUCAUCCAGCGCGAAGCUGCCAGCUGCUCUCUCGCCCAGCUCACCACCAAGCUCAUUCCCGAGGUUAUUGGUCGUGAGAUCGAGAAGUCCACCCAGGGCAUCUAUCCUCUGCAGAACGUCCACAUCCGCAAGGUCAAGCUUCUUAAGUCCCCCAAGUUCGACCUCGGCGCGCUGCUUAACUUGCACGGAGAGUCUACGACCGAUGACAAGGGCCAAAAGGUUGAGAGAGAGUUCAAGGAAACUGUUCUUGAGAGCGUUUAAAUUUUUGAUACUCGCCGAUCAUAGAUGCUGUUUCCCUCUGUCAUCUGAAGUUAACACUGACUAUUUCAAUCAUGACAAAAAUGAGUUCAAAAAUUGUAGUCUCAGCAGUGCAUCCAUAACGACAAUCUCGAUCUUCAAUAUUUUAGCGAGCUUCAGUUAACGGGCUAACAUUUUGGAUUCAUAUACCCCCCCAAUCCCCGCCGAUAUUCAGUCACUCAAUCGUUGCAAACAAUGCUGGCUUCCUGAAGAUUGCUCUUAUCGAUUCCACGUAGCCCCGACUAUGAUUACUUGUUCCUCGCGUUUAUACUCGUUAUAAGCAAGCUCUGGGCAACGAACUGAAGUACUAA